CUCUCUACAUGGGGAGUCCUUUCUGCAGCAAAAGGUUUCCAGUUGGCCUUACACAUGGUGUGGAGACAGGCAUCAUAAGACGGGAGUGAGUCUUCUUCGACGAUGGUGAAAGUUGCGAGAGGCCUACGGCGAUGUGGAUACUCCCUGGCUGCAUUGGGUGUCUUGGGCGCCUUACUUCGAUGGGAUGGCACGGCCUAUGUGCCACCAGCAAAACCUCCUCCAUUUGGUGGGUUCGAAGAACCGGAAGAUGCCAGAACUGGCGUUUUAUGGAUCCCUGGCUACGAGCUACGCAAGCCGUAUGUCGGACCGGGAUGGCGACGAGGGCCUUCAUUGACGGAAGAAGCCAAAAGGCGGAUAGAUCCUGACAUGCCUUCGCUUGAGGACCGCGUGUUCUUAGUGACUGGCGCCACGAAGGGUCAUGGCCUGGAGACAGCUGCCCGGCUCCUUGAUGCUGGAGCUACGGUGAUCCUCCACGGCAAAAUCGAAGGUCGCCUUCGAAAAUGGCUUUGCCUGCUGAGUGAUGCCUUUGAGACCACCAAAAUUGAUGCCGUGCUGGGAGAUUUGGAAGAAUCUGAGGAAGUUGAGGCUCUGGCCGGUAUCAUUGCGGAGAAACAUCCCAAGAUUCAUGGGAUUUUGCACAAUGCUGCUACCAUUGAUGGAAAGUUCACAGGCAAGAGAAGGUUUAGCUGGAAUUACAAAAUGGAGAACACCAUGGCAGUGAAUGCGAUCGCACCGUUUCAGCUGACCUCUCUCUUGAUGCCUCAGCUACAAGCUGCUGGGAAUGCUCGAGUGAUGUUUUCCAUGUCGCCAACAAUGAGUGGUGACGAACAUUUGGACGACCUCAAGUGUGAGAGAUAUUGGACUGGUCUUCAUGCUUACAGACUCAGCAAGCUGUGCUUGGAGAUGGUGGCGAAGGAGAUGCACUUGCGAUACGGGAAUGCUCCGAGCCUCACUUUCCACAGCUUUGACCCUGGAUCUGCAAACACAAAGCUGAUGCGCCAAGGGUCUCCAUCAGCUACCGGCAAGAAGUCAGCCCGAAAUCGGGUGAAUCCUGUGGAUCUCCCCAGUUAUCUGCCUACUCCGAGAUCGCGGAAAGCAUCCUUCUGGGCCAUGGUGGAUGAUGAAUACCAACGCAAGAGUGGGACGUUUGUCAGUGACACUCGCGGCAAAUCAAAGGCCGUCCAUGAUCCAGAAGCUCGAAAGAAGAUUUGGGAGGAAUUUACCGAGCUUUCAGGAGCUCAAUGGCCUGAAACGCAAAGUGCGUCUCUCCCCAAAGCGCUUGCGGUGGAUGCCUGACAAAAAGGACGUGGGGUUGGCCCAAAA